AGGGAGGCCAAAGCUCAGUUUGAACUUAGAAUGGCAACUUCUGUAAAGGAUAAUAAAAAAUGUUUUUAUGAACACAUUAAUGCUAGAAGGAAGGGUAAGACCAGCCUUUGUUCUUUAUUGGACAAGGGAGGGAACUUAGUAUCUGCAGAUGAGGAGAAGGCAGAAGUGCUUAAUGCCUACUUUGCCUCAGUUUUUAGUGGGAAGAUGACUUGCCCUCAAGACACCUGCCCGCCUGGGCUGGUUAGUGGUGUCAGGGAGCAGAAUGGUCCCCACAUUAUCCAAGAGGAGGCAGUCAUAGAACUACUGAAAUGCUUGGAUGUUCAUAUAUCUAUGGGACCAGACGGGAACCACCCCAGGGUAAUGAGACAGCUGGCAAAUGAGCUUGCAAAGCCACUCUCCAUCAUUUACCAACAGUCCUGGCUCACUGGUGAGGUUCCGGAUGACUGGAAGCUGGCCAAUGUGAUACCCAUUCACAAAAAGGGUGCAAAAGAGGAUCCUGAGAAUUAUAGACCAGUCAGCCUGACCUCAGUACCUGGCAAAAUAAUGGAACAGUUUAUAUUAAGUGCCAUCACACAGAAUUUACAGGAUGGCCAGGUUAUCAGACCCAGUCAGCAUGGGUUUAGGAGGCGUAGGUCAUGUUUAACCAACCUGGUCACCUUUUAUGACCAGGUGACCUGCCUAGUGGAUGCAGGGAAGGCUGUAGAUGUUGUUGAUUUGGAUUUCAGCAAGGCCUUUGACACUGUCUCCCACAGCAUACUCCUAGACAAGCUGGCAGGCCGUGGCUUGGACAGGAACACUCUUUGCUGGGUUAGGAACUGGCUGCAUGGCCAGAGAGUGGUGGUGAAUGGUGCUGCAUCCAGCUGGCGGCCAGUCACCAGUGGUGUCCCUCAGGGGUCUGUGCUGGGGCCAGUUCUGUUUAAUAUUUUUAUUGAUGACAUGGAUGAGGGUUUAGAGUCUUUCAUUAGGAAAUUUGCAGAUGACACUAAGCUGGGAACAUGUGUUGAUCUGUUAGAGGGAAGGAGGGCUUUGCAGAGGGACUUGGAACGGUUGGAGGGAUGGGCAGAAUCUAAUGGGAUGAAGUUCAGUAAGUCCAAGUGCCGAGUCCUGCACUUUGGCCACAAUAACCCCCUACAACGAUAUAAGCUGGGGACGGUGUGGCUGGACAGUGCUCAGGUGGAAAGGGACCUGGGGGUGCUGGUUGACAGUCAGCUGAACAUGAGCCAGCAGCAUUGAACAGUGUGUCCAGGUGGUCAAGAAGGCCAAGGCAUCCUGGCCAGUAUCAGGAAUGGUGUGGCCAGCAGGAACAGGGAGGUCAUUCUUCACCUGUACUCGGCACUGGUGGAGAAUUUGACAGUUCAAGUAGCUCCCCCCAUGAAGCAAGAAUUUAUGCCUACACUUAUGCCAGUACCAGAUGGCAGUAGUGAACACACCUGUAGGAGGCGUGCCCAGGUAGAGGAACUUCUCCACUUAGUGACAGAGCUCCAGGAGGAGAUGCCCUUGCAUAAUAGGCACGAGGCUCUGCAAGUGGAACCGAACAAUAAGAAGGACAAUGGUUCAUCUGGCUUGGAGAUGGUGGGAUCAAUGGCCCAACUGAAGUGCAUCUACACCAAUGCACCGAGUAAGGGCAAUGAACAGGAGGAGCUGGAAGCCAUGGAGCAGCAGGACAACUAUGAUAUAGUUGCCAUCACAGAGACUUGGUGGGACGAGUCACACCACUGGAGUGCUGCAAUGGAUGGCUAUAAACUCUUCAGAAAGAACAGAGAGGAUCUUGUGAGUGAAGUGGAGAUUGGUGGCCAUCUUGGCCACAGUGACCACAAAGCAAUUGAGUUUAUAUACUCUGUGGACAGGAGGAAAAGUGCCAGCAAAAGCUCAACUCUGGACAUGAGGAAAGCAGACUUCAGGCUGCUCAGGGAACUAGUGAACCAAGGGGGGGCUCAGUGCCCUGAGCUGUGGGACUAUGACUGCGAGAAUGAUCAACUCCCAGUCAACUCUGAAAUUGUGCAGGACCUGCUGCUCUGGCUGGAUCCCUACAAAUCUAUGGGGCCUGAUGGGAUUCAUCCAAAAAUCCUCAAAGAGCUGACUGAUGUCAUCGCAAAACCUCUCUUGAUGAUUUCUGAGCAGUCUUGGGAAUGCAGAGAGGUCCCAGCUGACUGGAAGCUGCCUAACAUUGUCUCGAUUUUCAAGAAGGGCAAGAAGGAGGACCCUGGAAACUACAGGCCUGCCAGUCUCAUGUCAGUGCCCAGUAAAAUAAUGGAAAAGAUUAUUCUGGGAGGCAUUGAAAAUCACCUGGAGGACAAUGCAGUCAUCGGUCACAGCCAGCAUGACUUCAUGAAGGGAAAGUCCUGCCUGUUGAACCUGAUGUCUUUUUAUGACAAGAUAACCCAUCUAGUUGGUCAAGGGAAGCCAGUAGAUAUAAACUUUUUGGAUUCCCGUAAAGCUUUUGAUACUGUCUCUCACAGGAUGCUUCUGGACAAAAUGUCCAGCAUUCAGCUGGAUAACCAUGUUACGUGA